AUGUGUUCCCUGGCUCCCAAAGCCACGCCCCAUGCGCGUAGUAGGUGCUCAGCAGAGGGGCGCGCCGCCCUUCGGUGAUGUCACAGUGUCCCUCCCUGACGUCACAAAGGCCCGGCCAUGCCUCUAACGUUGGUGGCCUUGAUGCUCUGGGGCCUGAGCGCCCCCGGAGGCUGGGGCUGCCUGCAUUGCGACCGCUCGGUGCGCGCCGCGCUCGUACCCGCGCACUUCCACCCGCAGCGGCUGCAGGCGCGCGCGCAGGCCCUGCUGCGGGCCAUGGAGGGGCGGUUCUUCCGCGACUUCGCGCUGGGCGCCUCGGAGGGGUCGCCUGCUCCCCUGUCCUGCUCUCUCGCCCCAGAGGUGGAUCACCUGGGAGGCGUGGCGUCCUUUCUAAAGAACCGAACGGCGCACUUACUGGCGAGCUCUCGGACAGAUGGGCCUCUGCUGGAAGAACUGGUGAUCUUUAGGGAGGAAGUGAUCAAGGAAUUCAAGAAAGUUUUAAGAUCCUAUGAAUUAAAAGCCUGCGAUCCCAAAACCUGCCACUUGCUCAAAGAAGAAGUCUUGGACUGCUUGAGUUGCCAGAAAAUCAGCCCCAAAUGUAUCAAAGAAAAGUACUGCUUCGUGGACAGGCAGCCCCGCGUGAGCCUGGAUUUCGGGAUGAUCAGCAAAUGCCUGCAAACCCAGCCCCUGGUGGGCAUCUGCAUGGGUGUUUCUGGCUGUCUUUUUCUUCUGGGUCAUCCUGAUCACGUGAGUCAUUUUUGCCCCUUCCUAACCCCCUCAGUGCCUCCUGGGUCCCCUGAAAAAUGGCAGAUGGGUCACUGCAUUCCUUCCUUGUCACUCCAUGGCCUCCUCCUCCUCCUCCUCCUCCUUUCUCUCUGUCUGUCUCUCUGUCCCGUCUUUCUCAUCUGUCGCUGUUUUUCUCAUCUCCUCUUCCCCCCACCCAAGUGACUUCCCAAGACCCUCAGCAAUUUUCCCUUUGUUGCUCACUUCCAUAAAAAUACUAGAAAUUAGAGUUUGUAAAAGUGUCGGCGUAAAAACAACCAUCACUGGGGGCUGGGGAUUUAGCUUAGCGGCACAGCGCCUGCCUGGCAAGCACAAGGUCGUGAGUUUGAU